AUGCAUCGCACAUCGAGCUUGGAUAACUUGGUCAACGAUAUUCUCAUUAAAAUCUUCCAGACCUUGUCUGUGCAAGAAAUACUGACACUGAGACGGACCUCCAAACGUUAUUAUUCACUGUCUAAACUUCGCAGCGUAUGGUAUGCGGCAUUCUGCACUGAAGUAUUGGCCCGCCACCUUCCGCCCCCUGGCCCUUCGUGCUCUCUCCGUGCACUGCAUUCCGCAGACCUGGAGCAUCGCACAUUACUAGCUCUUUCCCUCCAGAAACGUUGGCCACGAUGUACGCCUGAUGUUAUUGUUUCGAGCAAAAAACGAGAGACGGUCGACCAGAUCCUGCUUAUCCCUGGUGGAACGCAAGUCUUGACCGUCCAUGGAAAUAAAGUGAUAUACUGGCUCAUCUCUGGGCAGACAGGUGCCACACGCAAGCUUCAAAGGCUUGGAGAGUGGUCGUCACCGAGUGAUGAUACUUGCAUGGUCGUGAAGGACAAGGAGGGACAGGGGAUCAUUGCCAUCGGUUGCAGAGAUCAACCAAAUAAACAUGCCGCUGUAUUUUCUCUCGCUUUGGAGCCUGCGCUCAGAAAAUUAUGCGACUACUCUGUCGUCCCUGGCAUCGUCGCAGGGAUAUCGCGACACCUCCUUUUUCUAGAUACCACUUCAGAGAAGGACGGUGGCGGUCUUGAGCUCCUAGAUUGGCAUGCUCAGACGGAAGGCACUGCCCUACUCCCACGUAUACCCGAUUUGUUUGGUCCAUUUCUAGGCUUCGUCCAUUUCUCCGAACAUAUACUUGUGGCAUGGGAGACGUGCAUCAGCGUGUUUCCGGUGCCUGAGGUUCCAGCCCAGGGACGAAUGGUAGUCGCCCAUACUAGAGUGUUCAUGUUUUCCGAGCCCAUCGGCUUACCUGUGGCCUUCACAACUUGUGUUUCUCGAGGUUGGACUGGCACAGAUGCUCCUGCGUACCGACCAUCGCAGGAAACGCCUUCGCUCACGAUCGUUGCGCGUCCAAAGGGCAAGUUGGGGAGGAUUGCUAUGUCGAUGCUUAUUCCGGUAGACAACGAUGACGGUGCAAAACAUGUGACGAGCUUCGGAUAUCAGCUUCUCCGACUAUCGCCAUUUGUUCCUGGGGUGCUUGGAGAUAUAGACAGGGGUUCAAGGGGGCAAGCAUGCAGGCAGAUAUGCAUAGGAUCGUCUGGGCGCGGGCUAUGCGUCUUUGGACGGGAAGUGCGACUGUGCGAGCCCAGUCUGUUGUAUAUCCUCCCGUGCGAGAUGCAGUUUGGACCUGUGUUCGAGACGGGGAAGGCGAUAUAUGAGAUUGAAGAUGGAGACAAUGUAGAUUUUGACGAGGGAAUGGGACGUGUAGCCGAACGUGCGACGUGCACGAUUCCUCGUGAUGUAUGA